UUUUCAGGAGGUGGAAAACAAACCCUCGACUUCCUUCCUGGAUUUUCAAGAUUUCAGAUGGACGACCUACCUGAAGGAAUAGUAGGAAAGUUAGAGUCACCCUUAGCAACCCUAUUAUACAAAAUGGGACAAAAGCUGCCUAAAGCGACCGCUGUUGCAAUAAACUCUUUUGAAGAAGUAGACCCUGAAGUUGUGAAUGUGCUCAAGUCAAGAUUCCAGAAGUUCCUCAACGUUGGACCCUUUAGUCUAAUACCGUCAUCACCAUCACCAUCACCAUCACCGCCGCCAUUGCUUAACGAUGAAGGUGGUUGCUUAGAGUGGUUGGACACGCAGAAGCCAGCAUCAGUGGCAUAUAUUAGCUUUGGAAGUGUGGUGACACCACCACCUCAUGAGCUAGCAGCAUUUGCGGAAGCAUUGAUUGAAGGUGGGUUUCCAUUUAUUUGGUCAUUUAGGGGCAACAUAGAGGAAAUAUUGCCCAAGGGGUAUGACAAAAUGAGCCUGAAUGGGAAAAUACUUUCAUGGGCUCCACAAGUGCAAGUCUUGGGGCAUUCUUCAACUGGGGUUUUUGUGACACAUUGUGGGUGGAAUUCGAUUUUGGAGAGCAUUGUUGGUGGUGUGCCUAUGAUUUGCAGGCCAUUUUUUGGAGACCAAAAUCUUAACAUGAGGACGGUAGAGGCUGCAUGGGGGAUUGGUGUUGAGGUUGAGGGAGGGCUCAUCACGAAACCUGCAGCGAUUAAGGCCUUGGAACUGGUCUUGAAGCAAAAAGAAGGAGAAGAAAUUAGAGAAAAAUUAAAGAUCCUACAAAAUCUUGCCCAACAAGCUGUUGAAUGGAAUGGUAGCUCCCCACGAGCUUUCAAUAGCUUGGUCGAGAUUGUCACCCAUGGGCGGAACUAGCAACAAGGCUAUCAUGGGCUCUAGCCCAGGUAGCCUUUAAAAAAUAUUUAAAAAUAUUAAAUGUAUUUUUAUGUGAUUUCACUCUAUAAAAGAUUAGUAGUCCACCUAAAUGUAGCCUAAUAACUCAUUGUCCACUCAACCUAUAGUCCUAUAAUCAUCUUAUAUUUAAUUUGUUUGCUCAGCUAAAAGCACCUCCAAUGGAGAUGUCAAAUAAUAUGUAUCAGAAUGGGAUUUGAUGGCUGA